AUGGGUUUUGCUAAUCUUGACAUUUUUUCAUAACAUUUCUACUUUAAUAUUGAAAAAAAACAGAUAAAGAAGAGCACGCUAAUUGGAUUAAUUUCCACUGUAGUCGUUUUAAUUGCUGCAGCAACCUACUAUAUAUAUUUGCUCGAUUUAUACAUAAAUAAUGAAAUAGAUCCUAUCUAUAGAUCUCAGAAUGUCAUAACUUCAGAAAGAAUAGAUAUCAAUCUAGAAGAUAACCUUAUAGCAUUUAGAUAUGAAUAUGACUACAACAAAGGCAUAGAUUUAUUGGAAGCUUAAAACAAUAAGACAUACUUGGUAAAUUAUGCUUAUUUCUACUACUCUGAUAGAUUUAGUAAUUAGCAAGUAACUUUGGAUGUAAUUGAAUGCACAGACUCUAACUUAAUUGGGUUUCACUGCAUUGAUUUUUCAAAUCUUAAGAAUUACACUUUAACUCUAAGUAAUAUUGAAAGUAUUUACUCUUAUAUAGGAAUUAUGACUUAUGGAUGCUUAGACUUAGACAGUGUUAAAACUACAAUUCCUUCAAAUUGCGCUUCUUAAUAAGAAAUUGAUUAAAUAAUAAAUGGUAUGAAUUCAGGUUUGAGGUUAAAAUUACUAUCAUCCUAGUUUAACACUUCUAAGAAGCAAAUGUAAGUUACCUACAGAAACUAAUUCAUUUAUACCGCAGCUAAUCAACUUAUUUAAACAAACAUAAAGACUUAGAAAUAGGUAACUACAGUAAAGGAAGGAAUGCUCAUUUUAUAAUCUACAAAUUAUUCUUCACCCAUCUAAUACGAUGUCUUCUUGCAAAGCUAUGAUAGGUAGUAUAGCAUUACAAAUAUCAAUUGCUCUGGAUAUAGCUUUGUUCUAAUAAAUGUUGAUGAAAUUGUCUAGGAGAUCAUUGUUCAGUUUCAGACUAUUCCAGAAAUUAUGGCUCUAGGAAAUAAUUUUUUUAUGCUAAUCAUGCAAAAUUUAUUUUAACAAAAUUACAUGAAAAUUUUAAAGUCUUCGAAACCACAAGUUGAAGAGAAGUAAGAAAAUUUUAAAGUGCCUUAAGUCAAAGCUAAUAACGAUACUAGCAUUUAAAAAGAGAAAUUAGAUAUAAGUGAAUAAAAAGGAGAAGCUGAUUAUUUUAAAAAUAGAAACUACUAAUAUUCCAGAACAACUAAGACAAAGAUAGAAAUAGAUUUUCAAUAAAUAAAACAAAGUUUUAAAGAAAGAAAUUUUUAUGAAAAGUUGAGAAACUCAAAUGUUUCUACACCAAGAGAAGCAAACACUCCUAUAGGUAGGUAUAAACUAGAUAAGUAUAUGCAGAAUUUUAAGGAAUUAUGCAGCCAAAAAUAUUCAUAAAUGAUUUACUAAAAUAUUUUCAAGACAAGGUUCCGUAAAAAGGAAGAAUACCUUUAAAGUCAAGGACUUAGUAAGUAGUCUCAGAAAUUUAUAGAAGACUAAUUAGUUAAAGACUUGAAUAUUUUUUAGCUCUAUAAGGACAUUUUAUUUUUAAAAAAGGCUAUUAUGAUCCUACUGGAUAAAUAGUAAUUAGCCGCACUAAAACUUGUUGGAUGCUCAUAAAAAUUUUUAGAAACUUAAAAGGAUAAUAUAGAUAGCGGUAUAAGCUUUCAAUCAAACGAUUGUAAAUUGAGCCAUUUCGAGGAGUAAUAUGCUGUUCUAAUAUCUGAAGAUCUUUAAUUAUAGAGUAUCUAACAAUUCAUCUAAAAGUGCAAAUCUGAAAAGUAUAUAAAUGAGAUUGAUAAAAGAAUAUUAUCUUCGAUAUCUUGA